AUGACACCUAGAAUUCAGAACACAUUUUGCUCUCAGGACAACUGGUCUCCGGAAAGUCCAGAGAGAUAUGUCACAAGGUUGCCUUUGAAGACGACGGCCGACGUAAACAUCAGCGAAAUAGAAAUAUUUAUUUUCUGUAAUGAUGAUUUACGUCUUACAAAAUAUCUUGUUACCUUAUUACGAAAAAAAGGUGCCCGAAAUGUUCGAUUAUGUUACCCCGCACACCAAACACAAUAUGCAAAUAUUAUUGAUGCGAUCAGAAUCCCAGGUUGUUGGGAGACACGGGCACAAUUCGAAUGGAGUGUUUCUAGUGCGGAUGUAGUUAUCAGUAUGUUGUAUAAUAAUUUUGAAAAGCAAGAGAUGCUUCUCAAUGCGUGCGUUAAUCAAAAUGUUUCCUUAUACAUUACUUGGGACUCGGGGAUGGAACUCGAGCCCUUUGUCUCGGAUAAACGAUGUCCGAGAACUCGAUUGCACAAACGUUUGAUCGACCACCAAGCAAAGAUAGACAAGCAUCAUGGAUCAAUGCGAUGGAUAUUAUUUCAAGUGGGCAUCUUUGACGAAGAAGUGCUUAAGCACGACAUUUCAACCAUCACAACGGCGUUCAACAGUCCAAAGCAAUUUAUUUUUCUGAACGUUACGGUCAAAGAAGAUUUGGCACAACUGGUUGCCGAAUCGAUCGCGUCAGACAAGGUCCUACCCAAUAGAAAUUAUGUGGUUGGCGAUUUCGUUGCUCACACUUUUCUUGGUCAUGUCUAUCAAGUUGCAAAUAACGGAAUGCAAUUGGAUAAUAGCAUGCCCGCGGACAUCUCAGAAUUUGAGACAACAAACCAAUUACGUUUAUCCGGAAUAGUUUCUGCUCGACCCUUGCCCAGAAUACUUUAUCCUGGGUGUAGUAUUUUCUUUCAUAAGUUGGGCAUCGAGAUUUCUUUUCAGCACGAUGCCACGAUCUAUCGACUACUGAAACAUCAUAAGCGCACGCCGCUUAAAGAUUGGAUCC